AGGCAGUUAUCUACAGCGACCCUGGCUUUAGCAGAGAAAACCAAUACUUCCAGAGCCAGAAUGAGAGGUAUGAAACAGCAGUCAGAAAAGCUGUGUACCUCAAGGAGAAGAUGCAUCAAAUGGGAUGGACUGAAGACGGGCCUGAAAUUAAGUACUGCUACAGGGCACUUGGCGGAGACCUAGCAUUUAACGUCCACCGUGUCUUUAAGAGCAGUAUCUUGGCCCUGGGAACAGAUGAACAGAUUGCCAAGUGGAUCCCACUUGCUGACAAAUAUCACAUUAUAGGAACCUAUGCUCAGACUGAAUUGGGACAUGGGACAUUUCUUCGGGGUUUGGAGACAACAGCGAUUUUUGACAUUUCCACUCAGGAAUUUACACUGAAUACACCAAAGAUCUCUGCAAUGAAGUGGUGGCCUGGAGACUUGGGCAGAUCAGCAACCCACGCUGUGGUUUUUGCCCAGUUGUAUAUUAAAGGAAAGUGCUACGGUUUGCAUGCCUUCAUCCUGCAGAUCCGCAGCCUUCGUGACCAUUCACCUGCACCAGGGGUUAUUGUGGGAGACAUCGGUCCCAAAAUGAAUUUUGAACACAUUGACAAUGGUUAUCUCAUGCUGCAGAAUAUUAAUAUUCCUAGAGAAAACAUGCUAAGCAGAUUCUCUCAGGUUCUACCAGAUGGCACCUACAUGAAACAAGGGUCCGAUAAGAUUAAUUACUUGACCAUGAUCAUAACACGUGUUCAGAUUCUUUGGACUGAAGUUAUACCCAUGCUGUUGAAGGCCUGCACCAUCGCCAUCAGAUAUUCGGUGGUUCGCCGGCAGUCCAAGUUGAACCCGGGUGACCCAGAGGCAAAAAUCCUAAACUACCAGACUCAGCAACAGAAGCUACUACCUCUGCUAGCAACAGCCUAUGCCUUUCAUUUCAUGAACGCCUACGUGAACGAGUUCUACAACAAAGGAUACACAGAGAUCAAACAGGAGAAUUUUGAUUCACUACCUGAGCUUCAUGCGCUUACUUCAGGCCUUAAAGCCAUAAUUACAGAGUACUGCACGGCCGGAGCGGAGGUCUGUCUCAGGGCCUGUGGAGGACAUGGUUACUCUGCGCUGAGUGGACUCCCUUUUUUGUAUACUAAACUAGCCGCUUCUUGUACUUACGAAGGGGAAAACACAGUUCUGUUCCUGCAGACUGCCAGGUUUCUGGUAAAGUGCCUUGCAGCAGUUCACUCCGGCCAGCCCAUCCCUCCAUCGGCUGCCUAUUUGUAUUCAGUGGACUCUGGAAAGUGUCAGGCAUGGACCAAGAUGGACUUUCUCAGACCAGACAUUUACGGAGAGGCCUAUCGGCACAGAGCAACCAGACUCCUCGGAAAUGCCGCAACCAAACUACAGGCUUUGGUUCAGUCAGGAGCCGAGCAGCACGAGGCAUGGAACCAGUGCACGGUACAGCUCGUACAGGCUGCGAAGGCUCUCUGCCACUACAUCGUUGUGAAAAACUUCAUAGACACAGUGGAGAAACUUAGAAAUGAGGCUGAAAUCCAGAAGAUUGUGAAACAUCUUUGUGACCUUUUUGCAUUACAUGGUAUCUUCUCAAACACGGGAGAUUUCCUGCAUGCUGGGUACAUAUCUGGGGACCAAAUGGACAUGGUGACUGCAUCCUACUUGGAUCUACUCGCUGUCAUUCGGAACGAUGCAGUGCCACUAGUGGAUGCUUUCGACUUCACCGAUGAAAGUUUAAAUUCUGCGCUUGGCAGUUACGACGGACACGUCUACCAACGGCUUUAUGAGUGGGCUCAAAAGUCACCAACCAACCAACAGGUGAGCCAGGCCUAUGCAAGGUACCUGAAACCACUUUUUCAGAGUGCUCUGUCAAAACUAUAAAGAUCAACAGCUGCUUGGGACACAGACAACAUCUUCUUUGGUUCCAUGUAUGGUGCACUAGCUAGCAUACUGCCAGCAUUUUAUAAAUAAUCAAAGAGUAACACAGAACAGUUGACUGUAAUGUCUGCAAACAUCAACUGAAAUUCUUAGUAAUUUACAUUUAAGAAUGGAAGGAAGCCAAACAGUUUUCAGCUACAUCCAUGGUUAUGCCGAGUUUCAUUAGGAACUUACCUAAUUUUUUUUUUUUUAAAUAUGUUCACAGUAGCUGCAGAAGCUGCCGUAUUUAGCAGUCCGAUUCUCAAUAUUUUAUUACAUUCAGAUUAAAAAUAAUUACUUUC